GACGGAGACAACAGAGGACAAGCAAGCACGCAAGCAAAAGCAAGAGGAUGGAUGCGACGCCAAGAGCGCACCCGCUCACACUGCGAGUGAUGCAGUUGGCCAAGCCAGGCUUCGCGCGACAUGAUCCCGUUGGCUACGACGAAGAAGGGUUGGCAUUGACGCGCAACGUGCUCCACGCAGAAAACCCUCGCCACUACGCGCCAGCCAACGUCACAGAGGCCUUACAGCUGCCUUCAUCUCAAGGCAAAGUGUACUUGGGGGAAUCGUUUUCUGCGUUCAUCAACAUCUGCAACGACGGCCAUGAUGUGGUGACAAACGUCUCGCUGAAGGUGGAGAUGCAGACGGCGAGCCAGCGCCACACAUCGCUCGCAGAUCCAGAGUCGUGUCGAGCGUCGAAGUUGGAGCGAACACAAACGCUGCAAACCACAAUCAGACACGAAAUCAGAAGUCUUGGCACGCAUGCGUUACUCUGUGCCGUGAGCUACACGCUCUUGAAUGGGGAGCGGAGGACAUUUCGCAAGUCGUUCAACUUUGAGGUCAACCAGCCCUUGGACGUCAUUCCACACUGCACCACUAUCCAGAACACAAUUGUGCUUGAAGUGCAGGUGAAGAACCAGAUGCCACAUCCAAUCCACUUUCAGUCCAUCAAAUUCACUCCGCAGUCUGCGUUCGCCGUUCAAGACUGCAAUGCCACGUUAUGUCAAGAUGGGAAGACGCGGUCUGUAUUUCACGGGUUUCAGUCUGUGGAGCCAAAGGAGAGUCGAAGCUAUCUGUACAAAUUGACGCCGGCAGAGGGGCAAUACUUUGAGUUCAGGCGACGGAAGGCGAUUGGAAAGCUGGAUGUGAUGUGGCGCAGCAGCAUGGGCGAGUUUGGCCAUCUCCAGACGAGCCAGCUCGAACGUCCCGUUCCGCCUGUGCACGACCUUGAACUGCACGCGACCAACGCGCCCUCCGCCGUCACCGUGGGCGCUCCAUUCGAGGUUGAGUGCGAUGUCAUCAACUUCCGCGACGUCAAGGUCGACGCGUCCCUCAACUUCGACCUCCAACAGGUUAAGAACAGCACACUACGAAAAAGUUAUGACAUCAUACUCGAGAAGUCCCGCAUCAGGAUGUAA